AUGAAUGAUAUCCUUAUCGCCUCUGGCUCUGGAGGAGGUUCCCGGCGGUUAUGGCGGUUUUAUUGGACACAAGGUCAGGAUUUUAUAUAUCAAAAAUAUAAUGCUGGAGGUGGUACCCAAACUAGAGGUGGUGGCGGGAGCCACUAUGAUGUUGAAGGUAAUAUAUGCGAUUCUUAUGCAGGAUCGCGUUUGAAAGGCGGUGAUGCUAACAAUUUCCGUGGAGCCUCGGCUGGGGGUGGUGGAGGUGGUUAUUAUGGCGGCGGUGGCGGCGUGGAUGUCGUCGGUGGCGGUGGUGGAAGUAGUUUCGUGAGAAGUGAUUCAAUAUCGUUCACUUUUUAUAAUGGAAGUGAAUUAUUCAAAUCUCCAACCGGUGCACUAGAACGAGGCCACCAUGGUCAUGGCACCAUAAUAAUCCAACCAAUACUUGUUUGUUCUGCUAACAAAUUCUACUUCGAUAAUCACUUUUUGUCAACAUUACUUUUCAUUUUAUUAGAAUUCAAAUAA